CUCGCUCUCUCUCGCUCUCGCGCUCUCGCUUGGUAUUCUCUGUUAUUGCAGUUAAGGUGCCGGCGGCACGGAGCGACCGGGAGACGGGACCGGAAUAUCGAACAGGGAACCGGGAGACGGGACCGAGAUAUUGGAGCUGGAACCGGGAACCGAGAGAGGGGUCCGGCGACCGGUCCGGUUCGGCCAUGGAAGACAACGCGAGCCGAUUCCUGCGGAGUCUGUGUGUGAAUCAGUCGGAGCUGACGGAUGGAUCGUGCACGGAAUCGCGGAGAGGAGAGACUCGCCCGGGGAGGAGAGAGCUGGAAUAUUCCAUCCGCAUCCUGCUCUACUCUGUCAUAUUCCUGCUGAGUGUUUUCGGGAACGCCAUGGUGAUCCUGGUGUUAGUGGUGAACAAACGUCUGCGGACGGUGACGAACUCCUUCCUGCUGUCGCUGGCCCUCAGUGACCUGAUGGUGUCAGUGGUCUGUAUGCCCUUCACACUGAUCCCCAACCUGCUGGGCAACUUCAUCUUCGGGCCCUCCAUGUGCAAGCUCACCGCCUACUUCAUGGGAAUCUCGGUCAGUGUGUCCACCUUCAGCCUGGUAGCCAUCGCCAUCGAACGCUACAGUGCGAUCUGUAACCCGCUAAAAGCCAGACUGUGGCAGACUCGCUCCCACGCCUACAGGGUCAUUGCAGUAACCUGGCUGCUGUCCGUCGUUAUCAUGACCCCUUACCCCAUCUACAACCGGUUGAAACCUUUCCAACAGGCGGACAACUCCACUGCACACAUCUGCACGCUCAACUGGCCCAGCGAAGCUGUGCAUCGUGCCUGGUAUGUCUUCCUCCUCCUGGUCCUGUUCUUCUUGCCGGGAGUGGUGAUGGUCGUGGCCUAUGGACUGAUUUCAUGUGAGCUCUACAGGGGAAUCCGUUUCGAAAUGAACCAGAGGGAGGAGGCAAAGGCAGUGGCGAAUGGCAGCAGCACCUGGUUGGGCCACUCGGAGGAGGAAGGUGAUGGAUGCUACCUGCAGCUCGGCAAGCGGCGGGCCUCGGUGGAGAUGUCACUGCAGGCGCACAGCGCCUCGGCUCGAGUGGACCGCGUCCGCUGCACCAGCUCCGAGGCCAAGCUGGAGGGCAAGAAGCGGGUGAUCCGGAUGCUGAUGGUGAUCGUGGCCAUGUUCUUCAUCUGCUGGCUGCCCAUCUACAGCGUCAACACGUGGCGGGCCUUCGACCGGGCCACCGCCGUCCGUCUGCUGUCCGGCCCGCCCAUCUCCUUCAUCCACUUGCUCUCCUACACCUCGGCCUGCGUCAACCCCCUCGUCUACUGCUUCAUGAACCGCCGUUUCCGCCAGGCCUUCCUCUCCACCCUCGGCCGCUGCCUCGCCCCCCUCCGUACUCUCCGGGCACCCGAGGACGAGCCUGGCACCACAGGCACCUCCCUUUCCAAGUUCAGCUACACGACCGUCAGCACUGUGGGGGCCCUGUGACUGGGGCCCACUCCCACCCCUGACCUAUCCUGUCCUUAGGUGAGUUCUGUCCCUGCAUACCCCCUCCCCUCCCCAUCCCCUCUGCCUCCCAACUCAUCUCCCGUCCCCUCUGCCUCCCAAUUCAUCUCCCAUCCCCCUUCCUCCCAACUCAGCUCCCAUCACCUCUUCCUCCCAACUCAUCUCCCGUCCCCUCUUCCUCCCAACUCAUCUCCCAUCACCUCUUCCUCCCAA